ACAAUCACACUGCCCAGUGCUGGGACUGGGCAAUAAGACUCUCCUGUCCAGGAGCCUUGGGACCCUCCAGCCAGAAGCCAUGCUGCUGUGGCUGACCCUCGCCCUCCUGUGGAGCACCACCUGCUGGGCAGAGCAGAUUUAUGGGUCCGGAGGAGGCCAGUAUUUCAGUACCUCUCCAGACUAUGACAAUGACAUCACUGGGAUUCAAUUGUCAAUAGGUGAUUCAGAUGUGAUUAAGAGCAUCCAGCUGAGAUAUGGAUCCUCCUGGAGUGAAAGUCACGGUGUCCAAGGUGGGAAGACCCAGGAAUUCCUGCUGCGGCCGGGCGAACACAUUGUAGCCGUCUAUGGCACGUACACGUUUUACCUCCGGCACCUGGUCGUACACACCGACCAAAAGCGCUCAGCCUCAUUCGGGCGGGAAGUGGGCAACAGAUUCUCUGAAAUCCCAGGAGAACACAGGAAGGUGCUCACAGGAAUCUUUGGUCAGCAUAAGCUCCUCGGCAUCACGGGUAUCGGCUUUCAGUGGGAUGAUCCUCGAGAGGAGCUGACCACUGUACUAACAACUACCUUCUGGCACAGAUUGAAAUGAGUGCUUCUGGGUCCCCCGGGGGUGGGGCACGGGUCACCCUGCUGAGGCAGUCUCACUGGUGUUGGGCUGAUAGCGCUGGGGUAUCCGACUCGGGUCCUGAAUUGGAAUCCACAAUAAAUGCAGUUUC